AUGGCAGGUGAAAUACUUCAUUCACUUAGUCCAAAGUCGAUCAAAAGAGGAAUCUUACAGAACCUCCACAAGUUGUCUGUUCGAAAGCAAACAACAAAUUCGCCACUACCAAAUGAUGGCUCGAACUUCAUCAUAGCACCAGCAACACCUCCGCUCACUGAUGAUUAUCAUGAUUACUUAGACUUCACCAUGGGUAGAGAAUCAAUCUAUGCUUCGGCAGCUAAUAUUAUGGGCAAUAAAUCAAUCUAUGCUUCAACAGUCGACACCAUUGACACACCACCUUUAACACCUCCAAUUUCUGAAUCGCCAAUUUCUGAUUCGCCACUUCCCGGAACUCCAGUCCUAGAACUUCAACAAUUAUCUUGGCCCUUACCAGAAACCCUCCCAAGAAUGUUCCUCCGCUCCUCAACCCUGACAACCUUCAGCCUUUUCCCCUUUCUCCCUAAAGAAUUGCGCGUCAAAAUCUGGAAAUUUGCGGCCUGCCACCCCCGCAUUGUACACCUCACCUAUGACCACCCAACAGAGUCACUCGUUUCGCUUAGUCCCAUUCCUGCACUUCUCUCUACCUGCGGCGAAGCGCGCGAUGAACUCCUUUCCCUCUUCAAACAGUUGGCUCUCCCACCCUCAGCAUGUGGAGCUAAAAUUUACGUAGAUCUCGAUGUCGAUACUGUUUAUAUUCGACGAGCUGCAACUUCGAUUGAAGACGUGAGUCCUUAUACUAGUAAUUUCACGACUACCAAGGCGAUCUUUGGGGCCAAUGAUUCGGCGGCUCGUCAUCCAUUGAGUGAUGUUAAGCAUCUUGCAAUCGAUUCUUCACUUAUUGAUUCACCAAUCGAACUUCGUCUUCUCUGGGGUGAUUGGAAUCAUCGUUCUAAGCCCUCGGAUUUAAAACUAAGGGAGCUAGAAACCCUUAAAAUUGUUUAUGCGCCCAUUUCUAAGAGACCCGAGUUGAGAAGGAUUCGAGGGCAUCCGCAGAUUAGUUGCGAUUGGGAGAAUAAUGGUGUUGAGAGUUUCACCAUCUUAUCAAGAGAAGACAGAUGGGAGCGUCGUCAUUAUCCUAUUAAUUACGGAGGAUGGAUGACAGAACCUUCCUUUUCUCCUCGAGUUUUCAAUUAUAGACAAGGAGUGUUUGUGCACCAGGACCCGGACUUCUUGAGCAGAGUUCAUGUUUGCGAUAAUGAUGGGGAAGGAAGGGGAGAGAAGUAUUUCGACUGUCCGGGUUGUCAUGGAUACAUGAGUUUGGGCGCGUAUAGAGCGUAUAUGAAUAUGAUGGAACGCGAUGUUGUGGGUUGGAAAAAACCAGAGUUUGAUGGAGUUGUGUAUGAGAGAGAGAUGGAGUAUUAUUCGUGGGGUUAA